GACGGCCACCGCAAGACGGACCAGGGGCGCCUCGCCAGGCCUAGGUAGGUCGAACGAGCUCUUCAAAGAGGGAUCCCCCGCUAAGGCCCUCUCCAAAGACGCGGCCCACCAAGGAUGGUCGGCGGGCAAACUGGGGUCACCGGUGAAGUUAGAAGGAGCAGAGGGAAUCGCUUCCCAUGUUUUGUCCUGGUCAAUCUCGCCAGUAAACCCCAUCUCCUUCAGCUGGCGCUCGACCUCCUCCAUGAUAAAUUAUUAUAAUUUUAUUUUAUUUUUAACAGAGAUGUCCAUGCAAAACUCUUAUAAUGGUAAUGUUGGUUCAACGUUUUACAUCAAUGAUGGAGAUCCGGAGAUCCAACUUGGCGAGCCAUCACAAGAUCAAUUAGGUGAUGCUAGUGAUUCGUCGAGUGGACCCAUAAAAUCGUGCAGCCAGUUGAGAACAAUAGGAGAUUCGGACUCUUAUUCAUCAUAUAGUGAUAACGAAGUGCAAUCAAAAUGUCAUCAGAUUGGGAACGGACAAGUAACUUUUCGAUUGGGACAACAAUUCUCUUCCAUUAAUGAUUUUUAUGAGAUGGUGAAAAGUUAUGCUGUACAUAACGGCUACGAGUUGUCGUUUACGAGGAAAGAUAAUAAAAGGUGUCGAGCCAAAUGCUUGGAUGAUUGUCCAUGGCUAAUUUUUUGCUCCAAAGUUGGUCAUCUUGAAACUUAUGAGGUGAAGACAUACUAUGAAGAACAUAAUUGUAAGAAAGGAAGAAUGAAAGCUAGGUUCGUAGAUGCCAAAUGGCUGAGCAAAAAAGUGGCUGGAGACUUGAGUAAAUUUCCGAAUAUGACUACACUGGAGUUGCAAGAUCAUGUUUCUGAGAAGUUCAAUGUGAAAAUCAGCACAUCUAAAGCAUACAGAGUUAGAAACCUUGCCCUUCAUUCUAUCGACGGUAAUCAAGAUGACCAAUACGCGAAAUUAUGGGAUUACCGAGAGGAACUACUGAGAACUAAUCCCGGAACUACCUUUGAGAUUUCAGCUCCAGGAAAUCCUUCUCGAUUUGAAAGACUUUAUAUAUGCAUUGAUGCAUGUAAAAAGGGAUUUUUAUCAGGAUGUCGCCCGUUGAUUGCUAUUGAUGGAUGCUUCCUAAAGGGAUAUCAUCGGGGCCAAGUUUUGUCGGCCGUAGCUCAAGAUGGGAAUAACGGUCUAUUUCUUAUAGCUUUUGGUGUAGUUCCUUUAGAGUCUAAAGAGACGUGGUCUUGGUUUUUGCAUAAUUUGUUGAAAGACAUUGGAGAUAUUUCUCCCCGCGGGGAGAAAUGGACAUUUAUUUCAGACCAAGGGUCG